AGGAGGAAGUGGAGGUUGCUCAGGAGGAAGCCCAUUCUACCGCCAGGCUCUCGGUCUCUUCCGAGAAGGAGGAACUGCACACAGUACAACCCAUCCCCCAUGCUCCUGAAUCAUCCGAGUCGAGUGAGCAGGAGAAAGAGGUAAAGCCUGACGACCAUGAGGAGCUGGCAAAGGGCCACUCGGAAACGGCAGUUGCAAUCUGAAUUGACAAAUCGCGUCGUGCCGUAUCUGUUUGACUUGCCAUGUUGGCAUGCGAAAUGUGUCUACACGCAACUUAUUUCUUUUGUCUUUUGGAUGAUAUCAUUUGGAUGCAAAUAACUCCAGUUACGACUGGAAGAUAUAUGUCUAGGGUGGAUCUCGAUGUUUGGAUGCGUUCAUGUACUACUUGGUGUAUGUCUUUUGCCACUUCUAUGUUACUCUAUACAUUUUCUUCCGUUCCUCUUUGUCUACUCAUCCUUCAUAUUCCUUCCCCUUUUAAAUCAGCCUCUUUUGCUUAGCGAGCAGGCGUGUGGGUUAACUCUGUGGGACGAUUGGUCUGUAUCUUGUUUUUUCUUGGUUUUGGUGAUGGUGAGCAACCAGCUGCUGGAGGCAAUAGAUGUGAAUACAGGAGCUGUGCGUAUUUCGUAUAUGGGUUAUGUCCUGAGCAAUUCCAUAUCCUUGGGAGGCACGUGCACGGGUGCCUGGCAGCCAGGGGAAGCUCCGGGCCAACCGCGCUGUGCCCAUUGGCCCCCAUUCCUACCAAGCUCCAAGGCAGCAGUUGGCCUUUGCUGCGAUGCCAGUAAUCAGCUUGAGAUCAGGAAUACAAGCGGGAGGUUCCCGCAGGUUUAAAAAGGGCGCUGGGUGCACUGCUUCUCUGUUGCUUCUCUUUCUGCUUAUUUUUUCCCUCCCUUUCUUUCUGUAACUUCUGCAAUGCUCUCUAGGUAGAUAUCUACCCUGGGAACAGACUCCACUGCCCUGGACCAUCACUUCACAGCUGCUCAUCACUGUCACAUUUCAUUCACUUGGCUUGUUUUUCUUGGCAUUGAGGCGCAUACUCCCUUAGAUUUAUUGUAUCCUUGGGCUCUUCCUGUAGACAAUGGCACCACACUCUUUCAAGAAAUUUGUGAUUGCUGUGUCUGGGACAUUCCCUGGCUACAAACAAGCCGAUCUCAAGACCAUCAUCGAAGAAAAAUGUGGAGCAUCAUUUGCAUCUACUGUCACAGAUGAAUGUACUCACCUCAUAACAACGGAAAAUGAGGUAAAGAGGAAGGGGGCCAAGUGUGCGUUUUCCAUCGUUCAGAUUGUUUUGCUGUUCGACAUCCAUCACGCGUCACGGUCACUUACCCCAUGUCGACCCACGUAAACAGUCAAGCAAGCUUCCGAUCUUCCCAAAUGCAGCAUCGUCUCCCUGAAGUGGCUUAUUGAGUCUGGGAGCGCCAAGAAACCCCUACCCGAACAGGACUACCUGCUUGGCUCGGACUCUGGCCCAAACAAUGCCUCGAAGAACGGUACCAAAUAUGCUUCCAAUGGAGGCAAGACGAGCGGUAUAAAACGGGGGCCUAGCGAGGAGAAGGUCAAGUCCAGCCAGGAGAAGCCUAACAAAAAGUUGAAGGAUGGGCAGAAGGCAGUAUCAAAGUCGUUGAAAGUGGAGGUCGAUGAGGCUUGUAACCUCAAAGGUAGGUGGUUCUUAUCCGUGCCGUAUUUUCGCAACCUAUAUAAAGAGUGCUUCUCACAGUUGCACAGCGAGUUACGAGGUCUUCAUUGAUGAUUCAGGCCUCAUCUGGGAUGCCACAUUAAACCAGACAAAUGCGGCAAAUAACAACAACAAGUUUUACCGUAUCCAGCUCCUCAGGAACGGGGUGGACUACAAAACUUGGACGCGCUGGGGUCGGGUUGGAGAAUUCGGUCAGAGUGCGAUCCUGGGCGAUGGCAGUUUGGCGAAGGCGAAGGCCGACUUUGAGAAGAAAUUUAAAGAUAAAUCUGGUCUCAAAUGGGACGAUCGGUUGGACCCCCCUAAAAGGGGCAAAUACACAUUUAUUGAGAAGAACUAUGAAGAAGAUGAUGAUGAGGAGGAGGAUGACAGCGGAAAGGAAAAGAAGAAUGGUAAAAAGGAAGUCGCGUCAACUCUGCCACAGCCCGUUCAGAAUCUCAUGGCGUUUAUCUUCAACCAGGAUUAUUUCCUGUCUGCGAUGGCUUCCAUGUCCUAUGACGCUCAGAAACUGCCCUUGGGCAAGCUGAGCAAACGGACCCUCACAAGCGGUUACCAGAUCCUGAAGGACCUGGCGGAACUCAUUGCCCGACCUAGUCUAGCCAGUACCACGUAUGGAAGUACCUUUGACACUGCGGCUGAAGACCUGAGCAAUCGCUAUUUCACAACUAUCCCGCACGCCUUCGGCCGCAAUCGGCCCCCGGUCCUGAACACUGAUGCUCAGAUUAAGAAGGAAAUUGACCUUCUAGAGGCUCUGUCUGACAUGGAGGUUGCGAACGGUAUCAUGAAGGAAUCAAAUGAUGAUAUGGUCAACCAGCUUGAUCGUCAGUUCCAGGGCCUGGGUUUAAAGGAAAUGACGCCAUUGGACCGCAAUUCUGCAGAGUUUCGGGAACUUGAGAGCUACCUUGUUGGAACGCACGGCGCGACGCAUUGCCUGCGUUACAGCAUUAUCGAUAUCUUUCGUAUUGAACGCGCAGGCGAAAAGGAACGGUUCAUGGCAUCCGAAUUCUCCAAAUUCGACAAAGAAAAGAGCGACCGCCGCCUUCUCUGGCACGGAUCCCGUAGCACUAACUACGGCGGUAUCCUCAGCCAAGGCCUGCGUAUCGCACCUCCCGAGGCACCUGUUAGCGGCUACAUGUUUGGCAAGGGUGUCUACUUCGCUGACAUGUCCAGCAAAUCCGCAAACUAUUGCUGGGCCCAUAUCAGCGCGAAUAUGGGCCUGCUCCUGCUUUGUGAAGUUGAGCUUGGCAAGCCUCUGUUCGAACAGAUUAACGCUAAUUACAAUGCUGGUAUGGAUGCAAGGAGGAACGGAUCGUUCUCAACUCUUGGUCUCGGUUCGACUGCUCCGCCAACUUGGAGGGAUGCUGGCUGUGUUCACCCUGACCUUGCAGGCGUGAAAAUGCCGGACAAAGCUCCCCCGGAAUGCAGUGGUACAUAUUCGCUGAUGUACAACGAGUACAUUGUGUACGAUGUUGCCCAGAUUCGCCAGAGAUACCUGUUCCAUGUCCACAUGAGUUGAGUUGAUUUUGUCUAAAAUUGGACAUACCCUUUCUUGUUGGCCUCGUUCCCUUUUGGUGGUUUCAUUGAGUGAUAGUUCAGGCAGGUUGAUGUUGGCGUACAGGAAUCAUUGGUCAUUGCAGUUCCGCCCAGUUGCCCUUGAAAGUGUCUUCAUUUGUAUUAAUUUACUCUCUUAUUUAUAAAAUGAAAUGGUAGUUACUCGACGUCUGCUGGAGGCUUAUUCUGUCGCAAGAUAUCCCUGUUCUGCCUGCAGGCGCGCAUGCUGCACAGGGCAGUAUCGUGCACGUGCUAGAUCUUGGGCCGAAGUGGGAUGAGCUUCCGCAAAAGGUUAAUUGCUAAUAUUAUCCGCACCCCGCAGGUAACUUCAGCCCGAAAUGUGACACAACAUACAGCCCAACAAGGACAUGCGUACUCUGUAGUAAGGGAUGUCUA